UGGGCUCGCCCUGCCUGCCCUGGUGUGUUUAAAUAUGCUUCCCUUCGUUAACUGCACACUGGAAUACGAGCCCGAGAGAGAGCUGGGCGGAGAGAAAAGGGGUCGCGUCUCACCUUUCAGCAAAGAUAGAGAGGGGGAGAUAUUUGAAAAGUUCAGUCUGCCCUCGGCGCGCUUGCUUGCAAGGCACGACUAGCCCUCUCAUUAUUGGCCGCCUGUCAGCACCGUAACAGACGGCAGAUGCGAGCAUUCAAACAAGAUCCGUUUCUGAGCUGAGGAGACCAUGCAGGCACGGGCAGUUUGAGUAGGUUUUGUAAGAGGGAGGAGGACGGAAGGAAGCAAAGAGGGGAAAAGAGCCGGAGAAAAGCUUGUAAGGAGACUCGUGACGGAGACGUUGCCAGUUGGUCGUAAAGCGCACGGUGGUGAAAGACUGUUCAGAGCUGGUAUCGCGGGGCACAUCUAUCCUCAAAGAAACAGACAAGGGUUCCGUCGUUGGCCGCUGACCCGUGGAGAGAGGGAUUUUUAUUGAUAUUCGACAGCUGCCGGCCACUCGCCUGCUUCUGUUUGCUAGGAUUUAGAUGCGUUGGGAAGCCACCAUGCGGCGCGAUCCCAUUUUGUUCGCUUCCAGGGCCAUGGAGGAGUUGGUGUGUGAGCUGCGUCUGUUCCUGGACCUGCUGGACAGGGAGUAUCUGAGUUCUGGGGUCAGGGAGAAGAAGAUGCUCAUCUCCAACAUCCUCCUCAGGGUCCUCAACGCUAAUGAGCCCUCGUUCAAGUCAGAGAUCCACAGCAGCCUCCCGGCCCCCCCUCAGAUGCCCCUCCCAGAGAUCCCACAACCCUGGCUGCCUCCAGACAACGGGCCUCCUCCUCUCCCCAGCUCGUCUCUCCCAGAAGGCUACUAUGAAGAGGCCGUCCCCCUCAGUCCUGGAAAAGCCCCAGAAUACAUCACCUCCAACUACGAUUCGGACCAGAUGAGCAGUUCGUAUGAGUCGUAUGACGAGGAGGAGGAGGACGGGAAGGGGAGAGGGAAGAAGAUGCGACACCAGUGGCCUAGUGAGGAGGCCUCCAUGGAUCUCGUCAAGGACGCACGCAUCUGUGCCUUCUUGCUGCGCAAGAAACGCUUCGGCCAGUGGACCAAGCUGCUCUGUGUCAUCAAGGACAACAAGCUGCUGUGCUACAAGUCAUCUAAAGACCAGGCGCCCCAGAUGGAGCUAGUGUUAUCAGGCUGCAGCAUCACACACGUCCCCAAGGACGGCAAGAAGAAGAAACACGAGUUGAAGAUAGUGCACCAGGGAGCAGAUGCCUUGGUCCUGGCCGUGCAGAGCAAAGAGCAGGCUGAGGAGUGGCUCAAGGUGAUGAGGGAGGUGUGCAGCAACGGAGGGGACUCAGAUGGAGCAGGCGCCGGGUCUCCUGUACACAAGCCCGACCUGGAGAAGAAGGUGUCAUGUGAUAGGCCGAGCUCAGAUGGCGAGCCGCCCCAUGAGAACGGACACACCGUCACCGACUGUAAGGACCAAGGUAAAGGAAAGAAGGACUCUCAGAAGAGUCAGAAGGGAGGCACGCUGGGAAAAGGGGCGGGAAAGAAGAUAACUAAGAUCAUUGGCCUGGGCAAAAAGAAGCCGUCCACUGACGAACAGACAUCUUCAGCCGAGGAGGACAUACCCACCUGUGGCUACCUGAACGUGAUGUCCAACAACCGCUGGCGUGAGCGUUGGUGUCGUCUGAAGGACAACCAGCUGUUGCUCCAUAAGGACCGCGCUGACCUGAAGACCCAUAUGGCCAGCCUGCCCCUCCGAGGCUGCGAGGUCAGCCCCGGGCUGGACUCCAAACACCCCUUCGCCUUCCGCCUGCUCCGCAAUGGACAGGAGGUGGCUGUACUGGAGGCAUCCUCCUCGGAGAGUAUGGGUCGGUGGUUGGGGGUGCUGCUCGCUGAGACUGGUUCCACCACAGACCCUGCUGCCCUGCACUACGACUACAUAGACGUAGAGACUACCGCUAACGUGAUCCAGCUGGCCAAGCAGUCCUUCUGCUUCACUAGUAAACGCGUUGUAUCUCCCAACCCCUAUCUGGACAACCCUGUGAACGGUUAUGCCUGCCCCUCUGGAAUGGCACUGCACUAUGAUGAUGUGCCCAUCAAUGGAACGGACCCAGAGGCGUUAUACUCCAGCCCUGCCACCGGAGGGCGACGUCUGAGAGAGGAGGUGUUGUAUGAGGAUGCUGACCUCUAUGAGAACAUGCCUUCGCCCAAGCUGGCCGCCCGCUACUCCCCCAAGCCCAGCCGCCUAGCCUCUUCCUCCAGCCACUGCAAAACCCCUGGCCCUGUUAAAUCCAAAUUCCUCUCCUCCUCUUCCUCAGCUAACACUAACACUAAAGCCGGUACUCAGCUGAAGGGAAAGAAGGCCCCAGUGACCAAUGGGACAGCAUCUAAACAGAAGGUGGACAAGAACCAGGCCAAGAAGACCAAUGGAACAACCAGUGGAGCAUCUGUGAAACGCAACAACUCCAGCGCAGAGCAGUAUAAGUAUGGUAAGAACCGCGUGGAGGCGGACGCAAAGCGGCUGCAGGCUAAAGAGGAGGAGCUGAUGAGGAGGAAGCAGGACAUCAGGAACCGUCUGACCCAGCUGAAGAAGGACCGGAAAGACCUGCGCACCGCCAUGGAGGCCAGCACCGGUAAGCGUUCCGCUGCGUCUCUGGUGGAGCGGCUGAAGAAGGUGGAGGACGAGUGCAAGCUGAAGGAGGACGAGAGGGUGAGCCUGGAGCUGGAGCUGACGGAGGUCAAGGAGAGUCUGAAGAAGGCCCUGAGUGGAGGAGUCACCCUGGGACUCACCAUUGAGCCCAAGUCUGGCACCUCCAGCCCGCAGUCCCCAGUGUUGCUGAGGCGUACCCUAGAGAACUCUCCCAUCUCCAGCUGUGACACCAGCGACACAGAGAGCUGUUCUACUCUGCCCGUCAACAGCGCCUCCCUCCUCCGCAGGACGGCCAAUCAGAAACCCUCGACCGUCCGCGGCCACGUCCUCAGGAAGGCCAAGGAAUGGGAGAUGAAGACGGGCACAUAAGCAGCAACUCUCUUCACAAACGAUCCUAUUGUACCAGCUUGUUUUUUUUUUGUGUGUGUAUAUAUUUAUUCACUUUUCACAUGGGGGAAGAAGGUUGAAGAGGAGUACUCUACAAGCGUAGCAUAGCCAACCAGAAAGACUAUGCUGAUUUGAGUAUACUUUAUUUCCAAAACAUAAAGAAAUUAGCACUCUUUUUGUAGCUUACUAUUGUAUAAUACCGUGUAUUAUAUCUGGCAUGUUUGAAAUACUCUGUCGUGCGGUUUUGGUAUUCGUCCAAUCGUUUUCUUUCUUUUCAAGCAGACAUCCAAUCAUAGACGGUCUUUUGUGAUCUGUUUCUCCAUCACACACAAAUCUGGUUUCUACAACUCUUGGGGUUCAAAAAUCCAAGUAUUUAUUUGUAAAUGUUUAUUAAGUAAACAUCCCUGUGAUUAUUUAUGUUGAUAAUAUUUAAUGCUUGUUUUAUAGUAUAGCUGGCUCUCCGUAAGCGCCCAUGUUAUCUUUCCUACUCAGUUCGAAGCUCUCUUGUUCACAAGCAUAUGUUUAGAGUGGUAACUGCACUGCGCCACUAAUGUUCACGUCAUCUAAAUGGGUUAAUCGAAUCAUCAGUAUCACUGUUAGGCAAUCCAGAUGAUUUGCAGAUCAUCAAACCAGCAACACACCUACUCCCUAGUGGUUGAUGCUUGUGAGUGGGCCAUUGGAAUGCUUCACUCAGUAAAGUGCAGGUCAGGCUAAGGCGUGGUCGUGUCCUGGUGAGUUUGGCCUCUGGCAUUGGAAAAAUCAUAAAACCUCAAGUAACGUGGCCUCUUAUAUUUAAGCUUGACAACCAGGAGCCUCGGCCCAGCUCUUUUAAUCAUGCCACUGGUGUACUGUAGCCCUGUGAUCUGAUAUUUGUGUGUGUGGCUUGUGUGUGUGUGUGGCUUGUGUGUGUGUGUGUGUGUGUGUGUGGCUUGUGUGUUAGUGCGCACGACUGUGUGUGUGAGAGUGAGCGUGUUUGUGGCUUGCGUGUUAGUGCGCACGACUGUGUGUGAGUGUGUUUGUGGCUUGCGUGUUAGUGCGCACGACUGUGUGUGAGUGAGAGUGUUUGUGGCUUGCGUGUUAGUGCGCACGACUGUGUGUGUGAGAGUGAGCGUGUUUGUGGCUUGCAUGUUAGUGCGCACGACUGUGUGUGAGUGAGAGUGAGCGUGUUUGUAGCUUGCAUGUUAGUGCGCACGAUAGUGUAUGUGUGCGCGUGUGUUGAAACGUCUCCAAGGCACAUUCCAUCCCCAUCACUAAUACACUGUUAGAAAUAGAGGCCUGUAUGGUCAGAAAUACUGUGUGUUCUCCGCUUCAACCAGAGACUGUGACCUAGUUGUGGAUUCUUGAACUUCCAACUUCUACUGUAGCAACACGUUUCAGCUCAUACACACCACAUAGGCACGCGCACGUGAACACACAAGCACACACAUUAUGUGUGUCAUUUAUUAUGUCACUUAUUUCUAAUGGUGCUUUUGGUAAUGCUUUUACCACAUCUACAGUACACUGCAAAUACUGUCAUAUCCACACAGCUCAGUGUAACCUAACCACUGUGCUUUGUAGGAGUGAGAAGUAGCAUGUUGAUGUACUACUGCAAACAAGCUUUUACCAUUUACUCAAAGGCGCAUUUACCUUUUAAAAUGGCUGGUUUAAGGUGUAUUUGGUUGGAAUAUGAGGCUGUGCAUAGCAAAAAUGGCCAUCAAUGGAGGUUUCUCAAGUUAUCAGAGUGUAAAUAUUUGUAUAGCUUUUCCAUUCUGUUAGAUUGAUGCCGGGAUUCAAAUACGAUCGCAUAUAUAAGCAGCAUUUACCGCGUAUGGGAUCUCCGCAAACCUGAGAACAUUGCCUUUAAAGGGAUGGUUUACACAAAAUGACAUAUUGACAUAUUCCUUACCGUGUAGGCAGUCUAUGGACAAAGGUAUGACAGAAAUCCAUGCUUUGGAUUAGUUUCGCUGGCGCUGUUUCGAAAUGCUAACGUUUUAGCAUUUGUGGCACAAAUCCCAUUGAAGCCAUGGGACCAAUAUUAGCAUUGUCCGUGCAUCAUCCAAAAGUAUCUACAUGUUAUUGUGAAGCUCACCAAACGUCAGUUAUUGAUGAUUUGAACAUGAUGCGAAAAAUUCUGAUAUCGGUCCCAUGACUUGAAUGGGAUUUUGUACCAGAAAUGCUAAAACGUUAGCAUUUGGAAACGGUACCAGCCACUGCCAGGGAAACUAAACCCAAAGCUUGGAUUGCUGUCACACAUUGUGUAAAGAAACCAAUGUGUCAUUUUGUAAUUUGGGUGAACUACCCCUUUAAAAGCCACAAUGUCUAUAACCUGCCAUGGGAUUGAAUCCCGGCCAAAGUCCCACUAGAUGGCAAGCUAGAGCUAGUCAUAGUCACCACGGGAUGAGGGAGAGGAGGACAAGUUAAGUGUCUAAUCCAUUUCGAAAGCCUACCUUUGUAUAAACACCUUCAAAACUGAAAUGGGACAAGAGAUACAUCAGUGAGAAAAUGUGAACCCACAUUGCGGGAGGGGAGAUUGGGGGGGUGGGGGUGUGGGCAGAGGGAGUAGGGGAGAAACAGCAACAUUGUUUGUUUUGCACCUUAGACUUUUCUACUCCAUUGUACUUAUUUUGACAGUUGCCAACUCGGCGACGAACGGCUGUAAAUAAAAGCAAUAAACUUCUUUCCAAAUGUC